AAGGCGUCACGUAGUUACCUGACGUUUCGGAGUAUUUCCAAACCAGAUGCAGUUCAGCGUUCUGUUUGUCAACAGUUUUUUUCAUUCAGAGCACCGGGCAACGUGUAUUUCAUUAAGACAGGGGAAUGGACGUCCUGGAAGGCAGCUGGUCAGUUCCGGGCUGUUUGCGAGCGGCGGCCGUCAACUCAAGCCUGAAGAAUGAUUCCGAGAACGCCGCGUCGACACGGAUGGAGUCGCUGUUGUUCGUGCUGGUGGUAUUGAUGUGUCUGGGCUCGGUGACAGGUAACCUUCUUGUCAUUAUCCUCGUGGCAACCACCAAGACUCUCCACCAGGUGACAUCAGUGUUGAUCAUGAACUUGGCCAUCAGUGAUCUCCUGGUGGGCCUCGGCGUCAUGCCCUUUGUUGCUUUGUCCAUCGUGAAGCCUGGAUGGGGCGAAUGUUUUAACCUGUGUCUAUUUGUGGCCUACACCUCCUCUGUCUACUGCACAGUUUCUGUUCUAACACUGGCUGCCAUCGCUUUAGACCGCUACCACUCCAUCAUGGACUGCCUGCGCUACAGCUCCCGCUGCACCCUGUGGAGGAUGUGCUCGGUGGUCGUGUGGAUCUGGCUGCAGGCCAUGGCAACCAGUUGCCCCCCACUGCUGGGUUGGAGCUCUGUGGCCUAUGUGACUCCUGCGUACAGUUGUGUAGUGGACUGGACCAGCAGUCCCAGCUACACGGCCACCAUGACCAGCCUCUCCUACGUCAUGCCUGCCAUCGUUAUCCUUGUCUGCUAUGUGAACAUCGUCAAAGUAGCCCGUAACCAUGCCAAGAGGAUUCACAGCUUAGAGGACUCGGUUCAACGCAGUAGGGAUCCAAACACGAUGUUCCCUCCUUCUUUGCACAGCCCCUCCACAAUGGUCUACAAUCGAAGUAGACAGUGUGUGUCUGCUCACCCAACUCCCUCCAGGGAGUUAUCCUCCAUGUUGUCAUCCCCCCAGACCCUUCUGGAGUCACAGCAGCACCAUCAGCGAGUUGCUCGCCUCUUUCUGGUCAUCUUAGCCUUCUUCCUGUGCUGGACCCCCUACAUUGGUGUUGCUCUCUUUCAGGCCACAGAAGCAGCAAUCUCUGGUGAAACCUCCCUAGUGCCUCCCUCUGCUCUGACUGUCUCCUACUUUCUAGUGCUGUUAAACUCCGACUUCAACCCUCUGCUCUAUGCACUGCUCAGCAAACGUUUCCAGGCAGCUCUGCGGGGGCUAAGGCAGAAGCUGAGAGCUGGAGUGGGGAGCGUUGUCAGCUGGGGGGGUGAGGUGGACCCCUGCAGCCUCACCACCCCACUUCCCGGGCCGAACUCCAGCUCAAACACCUCCCAGUAUUGCUCUCCAGUUUUCACCAUCAGUACUGACUACAAGCAUCAUUCCAGUGAAAAUGUAUACGAAACGUGUCUUCAUGAAAAAGUCACCACCCCAUUCUGCUCCACUGGGCAAGACCCCUGUAGUGGCAGGAGGAUGAAUUGCCUGCAGGUCCCCUGUAGGACGCAAGAGGGCGGCACACUACCAUUUUCUACUGUGACUGUGGCGCCAACGGCCACUUAUGUCUGUGGUCAGAUUACCGUGAAAGUAGAGCAUGCCCCAUCAGAAAUCCUAUUUCUCACAUGAACAAAAUGGGCAACAUUUUUGGGACACAUUCUGUGGUCAAUUAGUUCAUCUAUCAGGGUUUAAAUGAGACAAAUUAGUCCCUGCUGAAUGUAAGCAUGACAUUUUGGACAAUUACCGGGUCCAACUUUUUAAGAGGGUUUUGGGAAGGCCUCUUCCUGAGCCAGUAUCAAUGUGCUACUCUCAAGUCCAAUAUUUAUGACCUCCAGAUGAAAGGACAAAAAUGACCAUGGACUUCAUCCUAAAUCUUUCAGUAAGUCUUUCCAGAACAAUGAGAAAGCUGUAAUAGGUUCUGUCAUCCAUUUUUAGCUCCUGCAGGUGUAAAAGCCCAUAUAGUGCAACUAACAUUCAGGUCUGAUGCUCUCUACAACAUCAAACAAAGGUUAUACUUUAUGCUAGUUUUGAUCGAAACAGUACAUUUCAGCCACAAAACAUCUCACUGAAAAGCUCAAUCUGCCUUUGUAAAAACCUUUCCAAUAGUGUCACGUUGGCAAGAAGAAACCAAACUUGGACAAUUGAUGUAUUGAAAAGUAAUCUUUUAUGAAGUAUAUGUGAAUAUACUUGAAGACCCUGCCCCUUCCCACCACCACCAGAUCAAAUAAACCCAUCAUUUAAUAAUCA